AUGAACGUCCAGUUCUUCAACACUCUCUCCUCAUCUGAAUCCAACCCAGGCCAUAGCCAUUCUCAUGACCAUGGAUCUGGCCACAGUCAUACCCACGACCAUAGCAGACCUGGAGAGCAUGGACACACCCAUGAACACCUAGAGCACGCAGGAAAGUAUUCAGAGCGUGAUCUUCCGGAUUAUUCGUCUCGUAACUUUGAGGAACGCGGAUUCACAGUCGGGAUCGGAGGCCCUGUAGGCUCUGGGAAAACCGCUCUUACUCUUGAGCUAUGCAGAAGGUUGAGAAAAGAAUAUAAUAUCGCCACUGUCACGAACGACAUUUUCACCCGAGAGGAUCAAGAGUUCUUAAUUAAGAAUAAGGCUCUUCCUGCCUCUCGUAUCCUUGCUAUCGAAACUGGAGGCUGUCCACAUGCGGCCAUAAGAGAGGAUAUCAGUGCUAACAUGGGCGCUUUGGAAACCCUGCAGGCUAAGUACGGUUGCCAACUCCUCUUUGUCGAGAGCGGAGGCGAUAACCUUGCGGCAAAUUACUCUCGGGAGCUGGCCGAUUACAUUAUUUAUGUGAUCGAUGUUUCGGGUGGUGAUAAAAUUCCAAGAAAAGGAGGACCCGGAAUUUCUCAGUCUGAUUUAUUGGUUGUCAACAAGAUCGAUCUUGCUCCUUAUGUCGGCGCGUCAUUGGAAGUAAUGGACAGAGACUCGAAGCUGAUGAGAGGUGAUGGCCCGACAAUCUUCGCUAGUGUCAAAGACCAGAAAGGAAUUGACAAUGUAGUUGGCCUUAUAUUGGCUGCUUGGAGGGCUGCAGGGAACCCAGGCACUGUCAGACCAGUGGGAGACGAGGCUUAG